AUGGCACCCUACUGGCCAUUCACAAUUGUCAGAUCAGACGGGCAAUUCGAGAUUACCACUCGUUCCGGUACUAAAGAGCUCAACCAACCUACAACAGCGCAGUUGAACGGUACACCGGACGCCGCCAGUGGAAAUGUAGAUUGUUAUAGGAAGAUUGAACCCGACGAUGCCAAGGCAGUGGACUGGCGGCGGAAGCUAGGUGGCAUGUACAUGCAUCUUCUCGGUGGAAAAGAAUGGGCCGACCGUAAUUAUAUUGUGAGCGAACUUCCCGAAGGGUAUGUGUUGUGGGAACAUGUCAAAUAUAAUGCCAAAAAGCUGGCGGAGGACAAGAGAGACAAGGGCAAACACUCAGCCGGUGUGUAUGAGCGUCAAGACGCAUACCUCUAUGGGCAUCCUCAUGGUCGGAAGAAGAGGUUUAGAAGCCCGGCAGACUUCUUCCCACAUAUGCUGUGGCUGUGUACGGACACAGAGGGUGACCCCAGAAAUUGUUCAUGUAAAAUAUGUUCCCCGGAUGGCGAUGAAGAGGCCGUAGGGGAAGAGCCCAUGAAGGUAGAGACAGCUGUUAAGAGGGAGGUGAAGCCUGUUCCUAUGGCUUCAGCUGCUCCAAAGAGCGCACCAGUACCAGUACCAGUACCAGUACCAGCUCCAGCUCCAGCACAAUCGAGACCAUCAUACCAACCUCUGUUGAAUACUCAGGCCACGAAGACCGCUGAACAAAAGCUUGACGGUGACCCAGGGGGAAAAUAUCUUUACAGGCCGGGAGAAUUGGUUUGGUUUAACAACGUUAUGAAUUGGCGCCUGGGUGUAAUAUCAAAACGCGGAUUGCAGAACAAUAAGCCACGCUAUCUCAUCCAGCCCCUUUCAAACCCCUUCCAGCACCAGGCCUACCAGAUUAAAGAUGACGAAAACUCGAUUCGGCCAUGGUUGGCUUGGAGUGUCCCAAAUACCACAGUUCCUGCCAUACAAAAUCUUACAUACGAUCAAGUUCCCUGGGAGCAGGUUGUCAGAGGAGAACAUGAUGACGGGCAAUCUCGAGACUACGUAGUAGAUGGCAGUAUUCUUGCUGCUAAAGUCAUCGAUUCCAGCUACUCACUCUUUGACCGGAUAGAGGGUGCCCUAGCUGGACCAAAUGAAAUACACUACAAAGGCAUGUUCCUAGGCGCCGAGAAGAUAUGGGUAGGAGAACCAGUCCGUCUCCGAGUCCCAGGAAACGACAUCGUCGUCCUCAUAAUCCACAAACUAAUCGAGCGAACCACGCCCCCAAACACUUCCACCGUGGUAUUCGUCGGCGACGUCUACAAAUUCGUCGAGAUGCCCACCCCCUACAAAACCCGUUCCGAAUGGCCAACUCCGGCCCUCCCUCCCCGCAUGAUCGUCGACCUCCGCUUCCGGAACGAAGUCGCGGAUGUCGCAAAGAAAGGAAUAUGGUAUGAAUGGCGCUUGCUAGAACCAGCAGCUCGCCGCAGCCUAGGCGAUGUCAAGGGCCGCUGGUACGAGACGCGAACUCUCUUACCCAUUCUCCGCGGCAUACAAAAGUUCCAGGAGGAGCUCAGCAGUGGCAUCACCACUGACGCAGGAGCGUGGAUGAAUGGCCGUCGCGACAAGAACAACAACCCCGAGCAGCGAAAACGCAAUCGAAAAGAUACGCUAGGCCGUGCUGUCCCUGCGGAUUUCAAAGUCAGCAGAGGUUUAGAUGGUGCUCCUGCCGACGAUGUAUUCCUGGACGUACAGCCAGCUCAAGUGGCCCCUCCGAUGGGGUUCGCAGAGGCAGAUAUUGACCAAUUUAUGGAUCUUGAUCAAGCGGCUGCUGGUCAUGAGUUUUAUGGUGUAUGA